UGUUUAGACCUGGUCUAACACUGAUUGUAUAUUCCUCUAGUGAUGUGUCGUUUUUCUUAAUAGGAAUAUUGUUGCAAACGUGUACAUUUUCAUCCACGAGCGUGAGUGCUGUUGGGUUAUAGUUAUGAAAUAAUAAUGUCUCAUUUGUGGCCGUGAAAUCAUGCGCAUCCUUUCCGGGGAUCUCAGCAAAAUGUUUAUUGUUAAAGGUUUGGAAAAGAUUCUCGCCGACAAGGAUGUCAAACGAAGCCAUUUGGCUCAGUUGAGAAAAGCUUGUGAAACUGCACUUGAGGACAUACAAGAGGAAUUAAAACAUGAAGAAACUGAGAAGAGCACAGGUAGCACUUCAGCUGCUCUUCCACUCCCCCGAAAUUAUUCUGCAAAUGUUAUCAAUGCAGAAAAGCAUUACUUGCCUUUUGAAUUAGCUUGCCAAUGCUCAGUUCCAAGGGUUGUUGUAAUUGCAUUAGAUUGCUUGCAGAAACUUAUUGCAUAUGGCCAUCUGAGUGGAACAUCUCUUGAUCCACAUAAUCCACAGCGGAGACUCAUAGACAGGGUUGUUGCAACUAUAUGCGCCUGCUUCACAGGGACACCUACAGAAGAAAGUGUUCAAUUGCAAAUUAUUAAAGCCUUAUUAACAGUAGUCACAUCUCAACAUGUGGAAAUCCAUGAAGGGACCCUACUUCUGGCUGUCCGAACCUGCUACAACAUUUAUCUGGCUAGCAAAAAUUUAAUUAAUCAAACAACAGCCAAGGCAACAUUAACACAAAUGUUAAAUGUCAUUUUCAUGAGAAUGGAAAAUCAGGCUAUUGAAGAAGAAACAACAUUCUCAAAUCCGGAAAACCACGUUGAACCUGCUGACGUACUGAAAAGGGAAGCUAAACUAGAAGCCCUCGAAAUAGUUUCCAUAAUUGUUGAUGACAUCAUUGCAACAGCUGUCAAUGAUGCGAGUACAGAAAAAGAAAUUGAAGGUGACACUCAAAGUGAAGGGGGGCAAAGCAACGGUGGACCUACACCUUCGAUCGUUUCCGUCUCUUCGUCAUCGCUGCCUCGAGUACCCUCGCAAGAUAGUGUUGACACAAUUGGUGGAACCAGUUCCAGUGGUGGUGAUUUAGAACCAAUUGGAACUUCCAAUAGUUUCUCGCAUGUAUUACAAAAAGACGCUUACCUGGUUUUCCGUUCGCUAUGUCGACUGGCCAUGAAACCUCUGCCCGAUGGCAUUCCAGAUCCGAAAUCUCACGAGCUGCGAUCCAAGCUCUUGUCUCUGCAGCUUCUCUUAUCUGUGGUGCAAAAUGCCGGUCCUGUUUUCCGAGAGCACCCCGUUUUUCUUUCCGUAGUCCGGCAGUGCCUAUGCGUAGCUCUAAGCCGUGACGGAGCCUCUAGCGUUACCGAAGUGGCUGAGCUUUCUUUAGCUCUCUUCCUGGCUUUACUAAACAACUUUAAAGCCCAACUUAAAAAACAAAUAGAGGUAUUUUUCCGCGAAAUUUUUCUGAAUAUUCUUGAAAAUCCUGGUUCAACGUUUGAUCACCAUUGGUUAGUAAUGCAAGCCUUAACGCGCAUUUGUGCUGAUGCGCAGAGCGUGGUAGACCUAUAUGUUAACUAUGAUUGCGAUCUGUCGGCCGCCAACAUCUUUGAGCGAUUGGUUAAUGUGCUUUCGAAGAUCGCACAAGGGCGGCACGUCGUUGACUUGAGGACGACGCCAAUACAAGAAAAGGCUUUGCGCAUAAAAGGCCUCGAAUGUCUUGUGACGAUAUUGAAAUGUAUGGUUGAAUGGAGUCGUGAGCUCUACGUCAAUCCUAAUGCGCAUUCUAAUAUUGGUACGUAUUUUUUAAAGAAUAUUCUUUCAAAAUUGUUGCUUUUGAUGCAUUUUUGUUUAUUAGAUGCCGAGAAGAUGAAGGAGAACAAUACCGAAGAAAAUGAAGGCCAUGGCUACGUGAAUGGCACAUUGACAACACCGAAACAGUUUGAAGCCAUUAAACAACAAAAGGAGAUAUGGGAACAGGGGAUUGUGAUGUUCAAUCGAAAGCCCAGGAGAGGGUUGCAAUACUUGCAGUCGCAAAAACUUCUUGGAGAAGAAGCAGUUGAUGUUGCUCGAUUCUUGGUGACGGAAGAGCGCUUGGAUAAAACAGUGGUUGGCGACUUUCUUGGUGAUCCGGACAAGUUUAAUAAGGAAGUUAUGUACGCUUACGUUGACCAACUGGAUUUCAACGAAAAAGAUUUCGUCAGCGCCCUCCGUCAUUUCUUGGAAGGUUUUCGACUUCCUGGUGAAGCGCAAAAGAUUGAUCGGCUUAUGGAAAAGUUUGCCGCUCGCUACUGUGAAUGCAAUUCAAGUCUUAGACUUUUCGCUAGCGCUGAUGCUCCUUAUGUGCUAGCAUAUUCAAUCAUAAUGCUAACAACAGACCUUCAUUCACCCCAAGUUAAGAACAAGAUGACUAAAGAACAAUUCAUCAAAAACAAUCGAGGCAUCAACGAUUCAAAGGAUCUUCCCGAAGAAUACCUCAGCCAGAUUUACGAUGAGAUUGCUGGAAAUGAGAUCAAGAUGAAGGCACAUUCGUCUAGUGCUUUAGGCAACAAAGUCAGCAAACCAGCAGGAGUAGCGAAUGAAAAAAAACGGCGCCUCCUCUGGAACAUGGAAAUGGAAGCUUUGUCGUCAACAGCCCGGCAACUAAUGGAAUCUGUGAGUCACGUGCAUUCACCGUUCACAUCGGCCACGCACUCGGAACACGUUCGACCCAUGUUCAAAGUGGCAUGGACACCUUUCCUUGCUUCGUUCAGUGUUGGUCUUCAAGACUGUGACGAUCUGGAAGUGUCUACCCUCUGUCUAGACGGCAUCCGCUGCGCUAUCCGCAUAGCGUGUAUUUUCCAUAUGGCUUUAGAACGGGACGCUUUCAUACAAGCCCUGGCACGAUUCACACUGCUAACAGCCAACUCGCCGAUCACCGAGAUAAAAUCAAAGAAUAUUGACACGAUCAAGACACUUAUCACUGUUGCGCAUACGGACGGCAACUACUUGGGUCACUCAUGGCUCGACAUCCUCAAAUGUAUCAGCCAGCUAGAGUUGGCCCAGCUAAUUGGUACUGGUGUUCGUCCGCAGUUUAUUACCGGAACUCCAACUACCCCAACAGGUGGCAAUUUAACCGGCAACAAUUUGAAUCUGAAUUUGGUCGCGAUGAACUUGAAUUUGAAUUUGCCAGGUAUCUCCACUUCGGGCAGUAAUCUACAUCUUUCUGACUUACCUAGUGUCAGUAUCAACUCGCUCGAACCCAGUGUCAAAGAGUCAAUCGGAGAAACCAUUUCCCAAAGUGUGGUGGUUGCAGUUGAUCGGAUCUUUACAGGUUCCACUAGAUUGGAUGGAAACGCGAUCGUCGACUUCGUCCGCGCCCUAUGCCAGAUCUCGCUAGAGGAGUUGGCUCACACAACUCAACCUCGUAUGUUCAGUUUGCAGAAGAUCGUUGAAAUCUCCUAUUACAACAUGGGACGCAUUCGUCUGCAAUGGUCGCGUAUUUGGGAGGUCCUGGGCGAUCACUUCAAUAAAGUGGGCACGAGUAGCAACGAGAACAUCGCUUUCUUCGCAGUCGACUCACUGCGGCAACUAGCAAUGAAAUUCAUCGAGAAAGGAGAGCUGGCAAAUUUCCGAUUCCAAAAAGAUUUUCUGAGACCAUUCGAACACAUCAUGAAACGUAAUCGUUCACCCACGAUUCGUGAUAUGGUAGUUCGUUGUGUCACGCAGAUGGUACACAGUCAAUCAGACAAUAUCAAGUCAGGAUGGAAGAAUAUAUUCUGCGUCUUUCUACUGGCUGCAUCGGACACUGACGAAGCAAUUGUAGAACUUGCUUUCCAGACUAUAAACAAAGUAGUUACAGAACUUUAUGUGACUAACAUGUCGGCAAUGAUCGAUAGCUUUCAGGAUUGCGUCAAGUGCCUAAGUGAAUUCGCCUGCAAUCCACUUUAUCCAGAUACCAAUAUGGAGGCUAUUCGCCUCAUAAGGCUGUGCGGGCGACACGUUGCUGAUCAACCAGCUCUGUUCCGUGAUGGAGGGGCUCAACUUGCUGAUGAAAUGGUCAACAGCCAAUUGACCUCUGCUGUAACCAACUUAGGCUUAAUUCCAGAAGAGGAACGUCUAUGGGUUCGUGGUUGGUUUCCGAUUUUGUUCGAGUUAAGCUGUAUUAUCGGACGUUGCAAACUGGACGUGCGUACUCGUGCUCUUACGGUUCUCUUCGAAAUGGCUAAGCAAUAUGGCUCAACGUUUCGAUCCCACUGGUGGAAGGAUCUGUUUAAAGUUAUAUUUCGAAUCUUCAAUCAAUCGAAAUUGCCGGAUCAGUUGUCCGAAAAAUCUGACUGGUUAACUACUACAUGCAAUCAUGCUCUGUAUGCCAUGGUUGAUGUUAUCACGCAGUAUUUUGAUUUGAUUGGUUCUCUGCUAAUGGAUGAUUUUAUCGCCCAGCUGUUAUGGUGUGUAACCCAGGAAAAUGAGCAACUUGCGCGCUCUGGUGUGAAUUGCUUAGAAAAUCUUGUAAUUAGCAAUGGUCCAAAACUAGGAGAUGAUUCCUGGUUACGCAUCUGCGGCUGCGUUGAUGAUAUAUUCCAUCUGACAUUACCUGAUGCACUAUUGACGUGGAGUCCCCAUUCGGCGCCUACCGAGGCGGACAAUGGACUUAAAGAUACACAGCGGCUCUUUAAUGGGCUAUUAGUCCAGUGUCAAGUACAGUUAGAAUUAAUCCACACCAUCGACAACAUAGUCUUUUUCCCAUCGACGACCCGUAAAGAGGAUGCGGACUUGCUUGCCUCUGCUAAAAGCAUUUCGGCUAGCCAAAGAGAUCUUGAUCUCGACCAAGGAAUGUUUCAAUUCAUGUCGACGGAGCACCUGUUACUCAUGGUUGAUUGUCUGGCGAAAUCACAUAAUUUUGCACGGCAGUUCAACACCAAUUCAACACAGAGAAACGUUUUAUGGAAAGCGGGUUUCCGAGGAUCUGUCCGACCAAACCUACUAAAACAAGAAACACAAAGUCUUGCUUGUGCAAUGCGAAUCCUUUUCCGUCUUUACCACGACGAAGGGCGACAAAAUGAAUGGACUAUGGUCGCGGAUAAGCUAACACAUUUGGGAAAGGACGCCCUGGAGUACUACGUUACUCUCGAGACUGAGAGUCAUCGAGAUGCGUGGUCGCCCCUCAUGCUUCUUUUCCUUUGGAAGAUUAAUCAACUGUCAGACGAAAAGUUUAAAACGCACGUUAGCAGUUGGCAUCAACUUCUUUGUGAGCUGGUAUCUUUCGAACUGAAACCAGAACUGCGUUCAUUGCUUAGAAAAAUUUUUCUCAAAGUUGGUCAAGUAUUCCGAGUCGUUGCUGCUGCUCCAUGAAUAUUUAUGCAUCUAUUAGGUGUUGUUUAGUACUUUGAAAAUUUAUACCCCUAGUUGCUCCUCCAUAUGUAAACCUCCAGUUCUGUAUCGAGUGAUCACUUCACCGUCCUUGGUCAAGAAAAAAGAAAUUUGAAGUUAUCCAGAAUGUUAAACCAGAGCUCACCGUCUCUGAAUCUUACUAUUGUUUUAUCUGCUAUAAGUUACCUUGGAUUCACGGCUCAAAUCCCCUAUGGUAAAGCGAUCCCUUCAUCGAAGUUGCCUUCGUUUGACGCAACUUUACGCCUCACAAAGCCAUGAUAACCUGGGAAACUAUAAAAUAAACUUUCAUCAUUAGUUUAAGAA